AUGGCUGAAGCAAUUCUUGUUAGUGGUGCCACAGAAAUUGUUAACAAGUUGGCUGCUGUUAUUGCUCAAGAGAUUGCUUUGGUUUGGGCUGUUAAAGACGACCUUCAAAAGCUUAAAAACACUUUGGAGAUGAUUGGGGCUGUAACUUCAGACGCUGAAGCGCGUCAAGCAAGUGAGGAGUCAAUAAGACUCUGGCUGAUAAAGCUUAAAGAUGCUGCUUAUGAUGCUGACGAUGUACUAGAUGCGUUCUCAUACGAAGUCAUGCGGGGAGAUGGAAAGAACAGUCUGUUAUUCAAGGUAAAGGAUUUCUUUUCAUCUUCCAAUCACCUUUAUUUCAAAGCAAGAAUGGCUCAUAAGAUUAAAGAUAUAAAUGGGAAUUUGGAUGGAAUUGCUAAGGAAAAAGAAGCUUUUAACUUGCGUUCUGGUGGUGGUGGUAAAGUUUUCCGUACCACAACUAGUAUUGCUCGUGCUAAUCUACGAGGCCCAGCCUUUGUAAGUGAUCUAGAAACAAUCGUUGGCAAGGAUAAUGAUAAAACGAAAAUAUUAGAUUUGUUAAUCAAGUCACCAACAGCUUCUUCAUCAAACCGUAAUAAUGAAAAAACACCGGUCAUACCAAUUGUUGGGAUGGCAGGAUUAGGAAAAACAAAACUAGCUGAACUAGUCUUCCCUGACAAAUUAAUCAAGGAAAACUUUGAUCUCAGCAUAUGGGUUUGUGUCACUGAUGAUUUCGACUUGAACAAUGUUUUAAGAGAUAUCUCAGAAUACAUUGAUAACGACAAAUCUGAUAAGGUAAUAAAUGUUGAUGUGAAAAAGUAUCUGCUAGUACUCGAUGACUUAUGGAAUGAGGAACAUGACAAAUGGGAAAAACUGAAAAACUGUUUGAUGGAUGGUUCUGAAGGAAGCAAGAUACUGGUGACUACACGCAAAAAUCAUGUAGCAAACAUCGUCAAAGGGAACAUUCCGUCACACCAUCUGAAACCUUUGUCAGAUGAUGAGUGCUGGUCAAUCAUUAAGCAAAGAGCAUUUGCCGCUGGUGGACCACCGGAAACCGAAGAUAUGGUGAAGAUAGGAAAGGAUAUAGCAAAAAUAUGCUGCGGUUUACCACUUGCGGCAGAGAUAUUAGGUAAUGUUAUGCGCUUGAGAAAGGAAGAGCGGCAAUGGGUUUCAAUUAGGGACAUAGAGAUUCUGGAACAAGAGGCUAUCUAUAACCAAAAAAUAAGACCAAUAAUAAAGCUGAGUUACAAUCAUUUGUCAUCAAAUUUGAAACAAUGCUUUUCUUACUGUACUCUAUUUCCCAGGGGUUGGGAUAUUGAAAGAGAAGCCUUAAUACAGCUGUGGAUGGCAGAAGGCUUCCUUGUAGCACCUAGCAGAGAAACUCCCUUGGAAGAUAUCGGAAACGAAUAUUUUAACGAUUUGUUGUCUCAUUCGUUGUUCCAGAAUGUGGAAAAGGAUGAGUUUGCUUAA